AUGUUGCUACGGCAAGUGCACUUCACGGCCAUCACCGUGGUCUGCAUCCCAAUCAUCUUCGCCGUCUUUGUCUUUGUAUCGUAUUUCCACGAUGAAAAUGAAUGGCUUCCGGCACGACCGAUCGAUCCGUCUUGCGCCCACCUUCCUGAUCUUUCAAAGGUCCUCCUCAUCAUCAAGACGGGUGCUAGCGAGACCUUCGACCGCCUGCCUACUCAGUUCAUGACCAUGACCCGCUGCUUACCCGAUUUCCUCAUCUUCUCCGACAUGGAAGAGUCCAUUAUGGGUUACCGUGUCUACGACAUCCUUAGCGAUACGCUUGACGAAGUCAAGCACGACAACGGCGACUUCAACCUGUGGCGACGCCAGCAAGAAUGUCUUGUCGACCAAAAGAGCUGCCAGAAAUGGAGCAACGUUGGCGGCGAGGCGUGGAACCUGGACAAGUACAAGAACGUGCGCCAGUCAGACGUGUCCUACACCAUGCGCCCGAACUACGACUGGUACAUCCACAUCGACGCCGACACAUACAUCCACUGGCCGAACAUGAUCGAGAUGCUGAAGCCGUUCGAUCCUCUGAAGGACCACUUCUUUGGCAGCUUCGAGCCUUCGCAGUACGGUGACUUCAACCACGGCGGCAGCGGCUACAUUCUGUCGCAAUCGGCCAUGAAGAAAUUCCAUGCCAACUCGAGCGUGGAGCAUUUUGAUCAUGCGGCAAGAAGCAUUUGCUGCGGCGACAUGCUGAUGACAAUUGCUGUAAAGGAGAACAUUGGUCUCAAAAACACAAACAUGUUCCCUACCAUAAACGGCCGCAAACCCUUCACGCUCCCCUUCGGUCCUCGCCAAUGGUGCCAGCCCAUCGCUACGCUACACAAGCUUAACAGCGAAGAGGUCGCCUCGAUCUGGCAAUACGAGCAAAAACGUUUCGCGAACGCCACCGACGGCAAGCCCACCCCGCUCCUCAUCAAGGACCUCUACUACGAAUACUUCGCGCCACGACUCGUGGAGAAGCUCGAGGACUGGGACAACAUGUAUGACGACUACCUCAACAACGUUUGGUACUACAUCGACAAGGACGAUAAGUCCAAGGACUGGGACAACUUCCACGACCAGAAGUACAUCUGGCACAUGCGCAAGCCCGAGGACUUCAAGCACGACGAGGAGAAGAAUGCAUACAAGUCGUUCGACAACUGCAAGAAGGCGUGCGACGUCGUCGACGACUGCCUGCAGUUCCGCUGGCAGGAUGACGCGUGCGUCAUGUCCAAAAACUUCCGCCUGGGCAACCCGAUGGAGAAGAAAGAGAACAAGAAGGAGCGGUGGAUGAGCGGGUGGGCCGUCCAGAAGAUCGAGAAGUGGAUCGCCGACCAGGGCGAGUGCAAGGUGCAGUUUCCUGGCGCGUAA